UACAGUGCGUUUGAUUUCACAAUCUCCUGCGCGAGGUUUUUGCUGUGCAAUCUGCGCAGAUCGUUCUUCCAUCUUAUCUCACUUUUCUCACGUGUGAAUUUAGGCAUCUUAACGAUUAUCCAGAAACCAGACUGCAGAGAUUGGUAGCCGUGUUUACAAUUAACUAACCGUAAACUAGCUCCGCGCUUCUGGAACGUAGCCGCUAGCUAAACUAGCUUCCUACACCGCUGAAAGUCAGCGUCAACGCCACUCCUCCGAACAGGAAGGGCGCAUCCCGGAUAGCUAGCUGGCUAGCUGUGCUCAGCAUAACGAUGGCAGUAAACCUCAGCAAAAAUGGCCCUGCCUUAACAUCUGCCUAUAAAGAAGUGGUAGAUGAAAAAUCCAACACCAACUGGGCCUUGUUCACCUAUGAGGGAAACAGUAAUGAUAUCCGUCUGGCAGAGAAAGGAGAUGGAGGACUUGAGGAGUUGGUUGAGGAGCUCAACAGUGGAAAAGUGAUGUACGCCUUCUGCCGGGUCGAGGAUCCAAAUUCUGGUCUGCCAAAAUAUGUCCUCAUUAACUGGACUGGAGAAGGAGUGAAUGACGCUAGGAAAGGAAUAUGUGCAAAUCACGUCAGCUCCAUGGCCAAUUUUCUUAAGGGGGCCCAUGUCACAAUAAACGCCAGAGCAGAUGAGGAUGUGGAACCUGAGGUUGUCAUGCAAAAGGUGGCCAAAGCCUCAGGAGCCAACUACAAUUUCCACAAAGAAGCUUCCAGCCGCUUCCAUGAUAGUGGUCCUCAGGGCCCUGUGGGCUCUGUGUACCAGAAGACUAACGCUAUGUCAGAAAUCAAAAGGACCAAUAAAGACACAUUCUGGGCACAGGCAGAGAAAGAAGAGGAGAAACGUCGGCAGGAGGAGCGGCACAGGGCAGAGGAAGAGCGCCAACAGCUGGAGAGAGAGAGGAAAGACAGAGAGGCAAAGGAGGCAGCACAGAGGGACAAAAGGGACAAAGAGAGGGCCUCUCAAAUUGAGCAGCAAAAGAAAUACCAGCAGCAACAGGAAGUUGAGAGUAGAGAGCAGGGGAAGAAGUCCUGGGAGGUGCAGCAGGAGACCCAGGCAGCCCAGAGGAAAGCGGUCAGGAGAGGGGAAUCUGUGGAGAAGGCCAACGAGGCAGCUUCUCUCAUCUCUCAGCGUGCUGUCAACCCCAGGGAGGUGUUCAAACAGAGAGAGAGGGGAAUCACUCCUAGCGACUCAGAUGCUCCCCAUGCCCCUGCUAGCCCCCAGCCAGGGCGUCUGCAAAGCCCUUUUCUGCCUAAGCAAGUGUAUGAAUUUGAGCGCGCCAGCUCACCUCAGCGCCAGGCUUCUCCUGCGCCAGCAGGUUCCGCCUCUCCUGUCCGUGCCACAGAGCCUGGUGUGGAUGAUGGACAAUCUAGGUAUGAGUAUGAGGAGCAGGAAGAGUUCACCAAGGAGCAGCAGAAAGAGGAGUCACCAGCUGCCAACACAAUCAUCCAGGAGGCGGUUUAUGAUCAGGUGGAGGAGAACAGGUCCCAUGAGGUGACCCCUGUGGAGCUAUCACAUGGAGGCAUCUGUGCUAGAGCCUUAUAUGACUACCAGGCUGCUGAUGACACAGAGAUCUCGUUCGAUCCCGACGAAAUCAUCACAGGGAUCGAGAUGAUAGACGAGGGCUGGUGGCGAGGCUUCAGCCCGGAAGGCCAUUUCGGAAUGUUUCCAGCCAAUUACGUGGAGCGAAUCUAGCCCAGGACAGCCACACACCCCCACUCCCCCACAGAUCACCAAGCUGGCAGCCCCAGAGGACCUCUGCAGGAGAAACCCACACAGUCGGUCCUCACAAGUCAUCAGGCUGAACGGGAGCAUAUGAGCGUCCACAACAUGGACCAGUGAACGGGUGGUAAUUGUGAGCCUGAAGCUUUUGAAAUCUCCCCCCGUUUCAAGAAAGUGAUUCCACGAAAUUGCGGAUGUUGUAAGCAGCUGAUGACAUAACUUAGGGAUCUGUGAACCCCCACGGGCUGAGCAAAACACACUCCCCUUCCCAGAAUGUUUCUUUACCUUUAAAUGUGACGCAGUACAGUAUCAGCCUUUGUUGAGUCUUCAGUUCAGUAGAGACCAUUACUAGUAUUUUUAGCUCACAUUCCUUACAAAGUGACUUCAGUUCAAUUUCAGGUAUGAUUUUUGUUGUUAAUUGUAGCAUAUGCUCCUGUACAUUUCAGGAAGACCAAUUUAAGAUGUUGGUACCAGCUAAAGUAUCAUCUUUUGCCUUGUUUUCUUGCCUUUCUUUACCGGCAGACUGAAUUUUUCUUAGUGUGUGCGACUGACUUGGAUCCUGUGUGACCUGAACUUGUUCGGAAAAAAACAUAAUCAUGUUUGCUGUGCUCUGGGUGGUCAACCUUAGUGCAUAAAAUGGUUAGGUUCUCUAACUGUUUUCAUUUCAAGUCCUUCCUCAUAUGAACCAAAUCAUUUCAACAUGUUUAACUUUUCAGGGAGUUAAGUUGCAGAGAAGAAAUGACAAGUCAGCGUUUUUCUUUUUUGCAUCUCACUUGUCUGAGGGUUGAGUUUUGCAUAACGGAGAUAAUGUGUAACAUUAUGGUGCCAUAAGGAGGGUUGUGAAUGCAGUGAUGACCGCUAAAAGUACUCAGUGGCAUUUUUAAUUUGACAGAAAGUUCACUGCUUUUGGCUUCGAACAAAUCUUGAUUUUUCUUUCUUUUUCUUUUUUCUUUAAGUUUUGUGAUCAGUGAACAAAAGGAAAAAUGAAUUAGUCAUGAAUAGAAAAGUGUGUCAUGUAUCCACCACAUUAAUCAUGUUUGUUUUUCCAGAGUUGUUUUAAUGCACAGACAUUCUUCAUAAUAAAAUUAAUAAACACGA